ACGACACUAGCUGUUGCUCACAAAGCCAUUUCUCGCGAGCGUCACUAUCCCGUCUUUGGCACAGCAGUGCCGUGCUUACGGAUCCAAGGCCAUCGUCACGAUUUUCACUUAAACACACGAUCAGCAUCUCAUUAAACGGCUCUCUUAUAUCCGAUCGUGGCCUUGCCCCGGAUCAUGCAUACGGACUUUCAUGAAGAUCGUCUCCAUGAUUACACUGACGAUGAACUGGCACGGUAUAUUGUCGCCUCCCCUCGAAUCGAACCAAUCUCCAGCGUGUUCCUACUGUCAAGGAAUCUACUGGCUAAGCAUUACAAACCUCCCUUAGCAGAAGAUACUGUGAAAGCUAUUGAAAAUGCCCUUCAACUCGGCAUUCCCGCUCCUCGAAUUCAGAGGGUAGUUCAAUACAAUGGCAAUGCGUAUUGCAUCAUAGACCGUAUCCAGGGUACAACUCUAGAAGCUAUGUGGACGAAAUUAGGAUGGCUCGCGACUGCAAAUCUGGCUCUACAACUUCGCCGUUCUAUCCAUCUGAUGAGGUCGAUAACCUCGACAACCGCAGGCUCUCUAGCCACUGGCGAGUGCAGAUCAUUCUGGCUCGAAGAUCGCUACGGACUCCCUGCGAGGGCAUCCCCAAAGGACAUCACAUAUUUCAUCAGGUUUUGGGCUGGUUUUAUCUCGAUUCGGACUGCGAUGAAGGCAGCGACCCAAGGUUCGGUAAACUCUAAAUGUCGAAUACCUUCAAGAGUUGAUACAUUGGUAUUCACUCAUCAUGACCUUGCGCCCCGAAAUAUUCUCCUUGAUCCUUCAGGCCGACUGUGGUUGAUAGAUUGGGAUUACGCUGGCUUCUAUCCAAUUUUCUUCGAGUACGCAUCUAUACACAACUUUCAUAUACCUCAAAACUGGGGCUUUUUUGCACGAUUGCGGUGGAAUCUAUUUGUUUGGGCCGCGGCUGGGCGUUAUCGGAGGGAGGCGAGUGUAUUGGAACAAAUUCGAUGGAAAUUCACACGAUGGCCAGUCGGGCGCCGAUUCGAGCUCCUGCAGAACGGCGGACCAUCGAGACGUCCUGCAUCAUAGGGUGUCGCAAAUGAGAGCUAAUUUAAUGAAACCAAUUCGCGAAGACCGUUCCUCGAAUUGCUGUGGGAACCUAUUACAUAACCAGAUUCUGUAAUCCAGCUUGCAAUUUUCGCGACGCGUCCAGCAAAUGGCAUGUGAC